AGUCGGUGUAACGGGAGCACAAACACCUGAGAUCAUGGCUCUUUGUGUUCGAAACUGUAAAUUAUGCAUUUUGUGUGACCUUGGCAGUAAUAGGACAAACAUUGUUUAAAUACCUAAUCUUUUUAAUUGUUGAUCUUUUCUCUUCUCAAUUUAUGUGCAUGAUUCACAAUCUAUCUAACAAAUGUGUUAUAAAAAAUUAAUAAUAAAAACUGUGGUGAUAACAGCAUUAAUAUAUAAUUCUCAUGCCAUAUUAAUUACAUCACCUCUAGCAAAUACAAACGUUGUAGCUGGUUCAACUACAACUAUUACAUGGGCAGAAGCAAAUAUACCACGAUUCGAUAUACAACUAAAAAAAUACGAUGUUUUUUUGCAUGACAAUCAUACUGUCGCGCUGCUUGCUUCAAAUAUCGAUUCGAGUUCCGACUCUCAUUCAAUUGUUUUCCCAUUGGAAUUAACAACAAAACCAAUACUGUAUAAACUCGUUAUUAUUCAGAAAAAUUCAGUACUGACAUCAGUUGGCCCGUUAAAAUUUAUUUUACCCGCAGUAAAAGCAAAAGAUGCAUCCACUACCAACAUAAUUCAGCAGCCAAGUUCCAUAUUAGUGACACCAUUACUAACAGCUCCUAUUAAAACAUUAAAUAUCAACAAUCCUAAUGCGACUGUACAAAUGGUUAAUACUACUGAUGCAGAGAGUAACAUCGUAUACAAAGAUUACGGUGGACUAACAGUCAGUUCAGGACAAAUAGCAGGGGUCUCUAUGUGUAUUGUUGCAAUAUCUAGUUUUAUAAUUUGCGUGUAUACCUUUUCAAAAUCUUAUAUUGAUGAAAGACGUGCAUCGCGCCAACUGAUCGAUAGCACAGACUCUGAAGACCCAAUCAAUCAAAAAUCAACAGUGCCAAAUAACCACUCAUCCGUUCCUGACUUAUCAAAAUCAUCCACUCUUAAUAAUAUUGUUGAGGAAGAUCCUCAUUACGAAAAAAUGUUUUACAGUCAUCAGCACACUGAUGGAUAUAAAGAGGGUUUGUAUUAUUAUCUCGCACCGACAUCCGGACAAAGAUCUACUUCAACAAUACAAAGAAUAAGCACCGAUGAUAAUGUAUUCGGUCAACCAUACCAAAGUAUGGAAUUUUACGCUGGCUUACCCCUUCCAGCUAAACCUUUGUACGGUUCUCGCUCAUCAAGUAAUUAAAAUCGUAAAAUCGCACCCAUUUUUAUUAAAUAGCGUUCGAUUCAAGAGUCUUUACUAAUACACCCAUCACUUCUUCAUUAUAAUGACCUAAAUCUAAAUCCGGUUGAUUCAUUUUUUCGGCUAGCCAAAUAUUCUAAAAUAAAAGAUUAAUAACUGCCAUUUCCAAUCA